GCGGCCAUGGCGGAGCGGAAGAGCGGCGCGGCGGAGGCCUUAGCCCGCCUGUCCGAGUGGGCAGACGGGCACCUCGGCCUGCUGAGGGUGACGGGAUCGGAAGGAUGCGGGUGAGGGGCGGGGGCAGAAGUCAGGGCCGCGCCGCUGAGCCCUGCUCUCCUCUGCCUGCAGAGCCUAAGCACUGGGAUGGCGGUGGCCGGGGUGCUGGUGCUGGCCCGGAGUGUGCGUAUGGUGAGUGGGUGCGGGGCGGCCGCGGCUCCGCGGGGCUCUGCCCGGUGCCGGCGGGAAGCCCAGCGAGGUCCGGGGACUUCGGAGGGGGAAGGUGCGGUGUCAGUCGUGGCUCUGCCCGAGCUGCAGCUGCGCGGCCGGGACCAGGACGCCUUCCUCGCCCCCUGGUCUGUUUUCGGACUUACAGGCUUGGACCCCGCAUGGGAAGGUUGUCUGAAUAAAUAACAAUCAGGAGAAAGAUCUCUGAGUUUAGGCAUGGUGGGUCAGGUUUUUUUACUUCCAGAGGGCUGGUGUGCCCCAGCCGGUGUACAUCAGCAGACAACAAAGUUUUCAAGGGCUUUGGAUAUACCUGUGGAGUUUGUAGAAAAGAAUGUGAAAUUGCGGGGGAAAUUACAUCGCAUAACAGAGAAAGGCCUGGAAGUCGAACACAUUCCCAUUAGUAUUCCUUUUAUUACAGCAAUACAGAGAAAAUGGCAAUCAAAAGGUCUUCUACUGGUAAGACUUGCUGGAGUGGAGUUGGCACCAAGUGGCAUGGCCUGGUUACAGCAAGAGUUAAAACUUGAGCAGAUGAUAUGGUUCCAACUUCUGGGAAGGGAAGACUUGGCACUAGAGUGCCUAGUUUUAGUAAAUAAGAGUCGAUUUCUCAGCAUGUGUUUAAAUGAAGAGAUCUUGAGGCAGGGGCUUGGCAGAACGACACAUAUUAAAGGACUGCAUCACGAUUCCCACCUGUACUGGAAACUUCACAAAAGAUUCCUUCGAGCAGAGUUAAAGGCCUUGAAGAAAAAUAAAGGAAUAUGGCAAGAAGAAAGUUACUCUGAAAGAAUUAGAGAUCGUAUAAGUAACAAUAAAUUUGUACAAACAUUGAAACAAUUUGUGAGCUGGUUAAGACGCUCUGUUUAAAUAAAAAGGAGACUUGUUUGGAGGAGCACCA